AUGGCGCUACCACCAGAUUCUGUCCAGCCCCCAGAGUCACCAGAAUACUCCACACCUCAGGAAAGGAGAGGAGGAAGGGGACUGGAGGACCCCUCUGAUCCUCCCUCAGCAAGGAGCUCCUGCCCUGAAGGCUUUAGCUUCUUUAAUUCUCACUGCUACGGCUUGAUACAUCAGGAAGAGGCUUGGACCACUGCUGAACUGCUGUGCCAAGACUUCCGCUUGGGUCACCUCGUGUCCCUGCUCAAUGAGGCUGAGACACUUUUUGUGGCCACCAUGAUCACUGAGAGUCAGAGUAAUGAGAAGCCCAUUUGGAUUGGUCUGUAUGACCCUAAUAAGAACCGCAGGUGGCGCUGGUCCAGCAAUGGCCUUUUUCUCUACCAAGCCUGGGGGGAUAAGGGAGCCCCCAGUCAAACCAACCCAAACUAUUGUGUAAUACUGACUCAGGAUUCAGGUGAGAAAGAGAGAGAUAGAGAGACAUCAACAAUUCUGGCAACAGCCAGGCCCAUUUCCUCCAUCCCUGUGUUUGCUGAAGCCAUGGAUUCGCAGGGGCCCCUCCUUACCUAGAAUAUGAGUUCUCCUCUCUCUUCUCCUCUC